AUGUUCUUAUAUCCUCAUUCAUGUGAGAAAUGGAUAUUGAAAUCAAUUGGAAGAGAUUGGAGAAAAUACAAGGCAACAUUAAAAAAGUCACUAUUUAAUCCAAAGAAGAAAAAGUCUGUUUUGAACAAGCGUUGUCCAAAUGAUAUCGAUGAAGAUCAAUGGAAGGCCCUAGUAAAAUAUUGGAAGUCCAGCGAAGGACAAACCCUAAGUGAGAAGAACAAAAUAAGUUGUCAAAUGAAGAAGACAACACACACAACCGGUACAAAGAGUUAUGCUCGUUGGUCUGAGGACAUGGUUGAACUGGAAAAUCUCCUAGACACACAACCAGAGUUAGCACAAAAUUGUGAGGGAGGAGUUGCAUGGGAAGGUGAUGCAUUACAUCGGGUGUUGGGAGAAGAGAAAGUUGGACAAGUGCACGGCAUGGGAUUGCUUUCAGUUCCUAAACAAGUUUAUGGUCAAAGAACACACCAUUUUAAGGACAUUAAUAUAGUUUCACUAGAUGGCUCAUCAUCUAAUGUAGAGACUCACAUGUUGGAGGAAAUAAGGCAACUCAAAGAGCAUUCUAGAAUGCAAGACAAAGUUAUUGAAGAACUAAAAAACAAUCAAAGGCACCAUGAGAACCAAGAAGCAACAAUGGGAAAUUGUGCUAGGAGUGAUCAUAACAAUUCUCAGAAUCAAGCGGUGUUUUCUAAAAGAAAGAGAGUUCACUGUGUUGCACCCAACCAGAAUGAUGGAUUCCUUGAACAUAUGGAUGAAUUGAAUAAAGAAACAUGUGAGUCUGAAUAUAGUGACGAUGACAGUCUACUUUUAUCCACCACAAGUAAAACAACAAAGAAACAAAAGGGUCAUCAUGGAGGGCCUGGAGAGACUACGACCAUUGCACACCAUGAGGUGGCUCAUGACAAGGUUACAUACAACAAGCGCCAAGCACCUAAACAACUUCCUGUAAUGAAGGUUGGGUCCAUGGUGCUACUAAUGACUUCAAAAUAUCCUAAUAAGGCUAAUGUGGCCUAUGCAACUCUCUUGAGCACUGAUCCAGAAGCCAUUGUUGGUGGAGUUAAGACAGGCAGUCAAUUCUACAAAGUGCGUAUCGAUCAUGCUAUAGCAAAAGAUGAGCCAUUAGUGAGGCCUAGGCCUGGGUGCAACAAUAUUGGUGAUGCUCAAGCCAAAGGAGUCUCAAUUGCUUGGCCUUCGAUGUUUGUUCAAAUGAUUAAUGGUUGA